CAUCCCACAGAGAGGUCCAAAGCAUCGUUUGUUCUGUGACUAUAUACAAGUGCCAAACUCUCUAGUGAACACCAUAUACUGCCCGUGAUAUCUAGGCCAGUUAACCAUGGCCACAAACAAAAUAGCGAUGAAGUUCAGAAGCAUUACCUACCCCAACCACGAGAGCACACAGUCCAAAAAGCAGAGAGGCAAAUUGCAACGGAUGGAGAGCUUCGACUUCAGCCAGAACGAACCCACACCCUGCCUCAAGACCCCGGGCAACACGAGGAGGGAGGUGUCUGCCGAGGGACGCCUCAGAGUGCAGCAGUUCCAGCACACGCACUCGGCCUCCAGCACCCUGGCUCCGGGACAGAAGCUUCUCAGGUUUUCCGACGAAUGCUGGUGUAGCACCGCUGGCGAGCACAGCAGUCGUCCUCAAGCCAGAAGCGUGGGUUGUUUAACGUCUCCGAAGGCCAAGCCCGGGUCUGCGGUGCGUCUAGGAAUGUGCAGCAACGUGGAACGUCUAGUGGACUGGCAGCGGAAGUCGCCGGACCGUCACAGCAUCAGCCCGAACCACAGCCUCGACGCAAGCCACCGGCACAGUCGCUCCAAGGAACGUCGCAGCGAUCGAGACGCAUCGAACAGCGAGAGACGAAGCCACUUUUCUACUUCCGUAAGUCUUCCGCCAACUUCCAAGCAGGGCUCCGAGGAUACCUCGACCGCCACGACCCCAACGACGCCACCUGUUACUUCGGAAACCCGAAGCCGCCGCUCGCAGUUCCGCCGAGCGUGGUCGCUUUUCUCGCUCACGUGCGACAAGGAGGUGGAACGCGACCGCCGGGAGAAGUCGCCGCAGCAGCGCAUCCUUCGGCCUCCGACUCGCCACUUCUACCGCAGGGGACUCUCAGGUCUUCCCAUCGAAUGUUCCUCAAGAUACCUGGGACUCGCCUACUGAUUUUCAGCUGAGGCGGACCCCGCGGCCCGCCCGGGACAGUGGACACGUUGAUUCCCCACGAAAGCAGAGCUGGUCUCUGUUGCGCCGUGGACACGAGUGGAUGAUAGUUUGUUGAACAACACAUCGAAGUUUUGUUCUGUGCUACCGUGCGGUCGCGGCCGGCCGCACUAUGCUCAGCAGUGUUACUUCUGGUGAUGUCCUGGCCUAUUACUGGAGUAACAUGGAUAUCGCUCACAUAAAAUGUUUUCCGAUGUAUUACUUACCACUGGCAUAAAGUGAUACGUGGUAAUGACUAUUUUUAUAUAUCUGUGCUCAUCAAAGAUUCCUGUGACCCGAGAGUUUAAUACACUGCAUCUGGAACACAAGCCUCGAGAACGCAAGACUUUUCCUACUAUAUUUUUCUCGCAGAAUUGAUCUGCUACACACAUGAAAUUCACGGAUUUUAUAGCAAUACUCCUUGGUAUUUAGCAUUAUAUCUUGUCAUCUAAAUUCAACGCUAUACAACCUUAUAUAAAGAUAAAAAAGUCUAAACAGAAAAUGUGAUGUUUCCUGCCUUUCUUUUGUGUCUUUUAGUAGAAUGACUUGUAGAAAUACUUGAUAAGUGGCCUUCAAUUUAUAGGUUUUCAUAAUACUAUUUAGAUAUGGAGAGACCAAUAUCCUUCACUAUUUGUACUAGAUGUUAUAAAUGUUUAUGUGUUAUAUUCCCGUGUUUCUAAACAUUUGUAUAUAGACAUUUAUUAUUCCUGUUGAAUAAAAACAACAAAUA